GUGACGCGCGGCGCCAUGCAAAUGAGCGGUGGCAGCGGGGCGCGCGCGGCCGCCGGAGGGAGCCGCGCGCGCCGGCCCCGGGACCCCCGCCCCGCGCCGCCCCCGCCAUGGCCCUGCCCGGCGCCCCUCGGCCCGCAGCUCUAGCCUGACCCCUGCCACGCCGCAGCGCCCGGCAAAGCGCCAUGGAGAACGAGCAGCUCCCGGCACCUCUGCCCUCCAGCAGCGCCGGCGGCACAGCCACGACGCCCAGCAGCACUGGCACCGCUCGCCCACCUGCACCCCAAAUCUCAGUCUACAGCGGCAUCCCUGACCGCCAGACCGUCCAGGUGAUCCAGCAAGCACUGCACCGGCAGCCCAACACGGCGGCGCAGUACCUGCAGCAGAUGUAUGCAGCUCAGCAGCAGCACCUGAUGCUGCAGACGGCAGCACUACAGCAGCAGCACCUCACCAGCGCGCAGCUCCAGAGCCUGGCUGCCGUGCAGCAGGCGAGCCUGGCGGCAAACCGGCAGAGUGGUUCUUCAGGUGGGAACGGCACUCAACCAGCACCGGCACAGCAGCCCACGAUCAACCUGGCAACGUCUCCGGCAGCCGCGCAGCUGCUGAACCGGGCGCAGAGCGUCACUCCCAGUGCGUCGGGCAUCGCACAGCAGGCGGUGCUGCUGGGCAAUGCCACCUCGCCCGCCCUCACCGCCAGCCAGGCCCAGAUGUACCUGCGAGCACAGAUGCUCAUCUUCACGCCCACGGGCCCCGUCAGCACCGUGCGCCCCGAGAGCCCCGCGCCUGCCCCACCGCCGGCCCCACCACCUGCCCCACCGCCCGCUCCCCCCCAGGUGCACAGCCUGGCCCUGCGCCCCGCCGGCCCCCACCUCCCCACCCUGGCCAUGAAGCCCCCUGGGGGUGCCCCACCCCGGGCCGGCCCCCCCCGGGGGCCCCCACCCGACCCCCCCGCCGAGCACCUCAAAAAAGCCGAGGGUCUUGAGGCCCGCUCCCACCCCCUGACCCGCGCCACCGCCCCCGCUGCCGCCCACCCGCUCAUCACCCCAGCCUAUGCCCCGCUGCAGCCCCCCCAGUUCCUGCAGCAGCCGCCGAAGCCGAUGCAACCGCAGCAGCAGUUCGUCAUUCAGCAGCAGCAGCUGGCACCUCGCGGGCAGCCCCCCUCAGCACCCCCUGCUGCCCCCCAACUCCAGCCCCUGCCCCCCGCCAGCCCCGGCCCGGCUCCCCAACCCAAAGCAGGGGUCCCCCAAGGAACGGGCGGCGAGGGCGGCCCCCCCAACGGUCACCCCAGCUGCCACGCUGCCCCCCGCAAGUUCCAGCACGCCUCUGCCGUCAUCCUGCAGCUGCAGCCCGCCGGCGCCACGCCCCCGCUGGGGGUCCCCGAGGGCGCCUGCCGGGACCCGCUGCCCACCCCGAGGAGCGCCGACAGCCCGCCCGCCGCCCCGCUGCAGCCCCCUGCCCUCUCGCCGCCCGCCGCCCCCCCGGGCCCCGACACCCCUGAGGGCGAGCGGACCCCCGGCCACGAGCCGACCGCCGACCGCCUUCAUGCGCAGCCCGCGGCCCUGGCCAGCGCUCCCGGCAUGACCUCGGGCACCGGAACCUCUGCCUCCACCGUCGCCGCCGCCCCCCACAAUGGUGAGAACAAACCACCCCAGGCCAUCGUGAAACCCCAAAUCCUCACCCACGUCAUCGAGGGCUUCGUCAUCCAGGAAGGGGCAGAACCGUUCCCGGUGGGGCGCUCCUCGCUCCUGGUGGGGAACCUGAAGAAGAAGUAUGCGCAGGAGCUGCUGGCGGAGAAACUCCCACAGCAGGACAACACCACCACCACCGACUCUGAGAUGGAGGAGCCCUACUUGCAAGGUGUCCCUGCGCGCCCCCCAGAAUCCAAAGAGGAGGGGAACCCCCCCAAACUGAAGUGCGAGCUAUGUGGCCGCGUCGACUUUGCUUACAAAUUCAAGCGCUCCAAGCGCUUCUGCUCCAUGGCCUGUGCCAAGAGGUACAACGUGGGCUGCACGAAGCGGGUGGGUUUGUUCCACCCGGAUCGCAGCAAGCUGCAAAAGCCCGGGGGGCCGCCCCACAACCGCCGUCGGACCUGCAAGGGGACGCUGCCCCCCCUCAGCAAAGACACCAAGAAGCAGCCGCCGGUUUCUCUCCCGCCGGGGUCCAUGACGGCGUCGUUGCAGCUCAACCACAGCCAAGAAGAUUCGAGUCGUUGUUCGGAUAAUUCGAGCUACGAGGAGCCGCUCUCUCCGAUCUCGGCGAGUUCCUCCACGUCCCGCCGGCGGCAGGGUGAGCGCGACCUGGAGCUGCGCGAGAUGGAGCUGCCGGAUGUCCACGUCCGUGACCUGGCCAGCAUCGGCCACCGCUUCCUCCCCAGCGAGCCCAGCAAGUGGAACGUGGAGGAUGUCUAUGAGUUCAUCCGCUCGCUGCCAGGCUGCCAGGAGAUCGCGGAAGAGUUCCGGGCGCAGGAGAUCGACGGGCAGGCGCUGCUGCUGCUCAAGGAGGAUCAUCUCAUGAGCACCAUGAACAUCAAACUGGGACCGGCCCUCAAGAUCUACGCCCGUAUCAGCAUGCUCAAGGACUCCUAGAGCCGGGCGGGGGGGGCAGCACCCCUAGGAUACCCCCCCUCCCACCCCCCUGUCUGUGGGGAAGGGGUUUUGGGGGGCAGGGGAGCCACUUCUGAGCACAACCCAGCCCCGGGGUGCCCCCCCCGGGGUCUGUAUAUAGGCCGUAGUGAUAGCGUCCCCCCAAAAUGGGGGAAACCCCCCUAUUCUGGCAGGGAGGGGGGGUCCCUGCAUCUCCCCCAUGUGUGUUGUUUCCCCACCACCCCAAAAAAAAACGGCAGGGCGAAGCAGGACCAUUGCCUUAACGUGCCCCCCCCUACACACACACACACACACACACACAGACACACACAGAGAAGUUGGGGUUUGGGCUACCAGCCCCGGGGGGGGGGUGUUAGCCCCAGGGGGGGCAUCUUGGGGUGCCCAGGGCGGGGAGAAGACAGAGAGUUGUUCCCCCACAUCCUCCCCCCACCAUCUCCAGCCCUGUCCCCCUCCCUGCUGGGAUUUGGGCUACCAUCCCUGUGCGGGGGGUAAAGGACAACUUGGGGUGCCCAGGGGGCACAGAGGAGGAGUUGCCCCACACACACACCCCCUCCAGCCCCCCCCUAAGCCGGGAUUUGGGCUGCCACCCCUGAGGGGGGGUUAGCCCUGGGGGAGAGAGCACAUCUUGGGGUGCCCUGGGGGUGGUGGGGGGGAAGAGGAAGAGUCGCACCCUACAGACCCCUUCCAGCCCCCCCCAAGCUGGGAUUUGGGCUACCAGCCCGGGGGGGUGUUAGCCCUGGAGAGGAGGGGGCACAGCUUGGGGUGCCCAUGGCGAGUGGAGGAGGAGGCGCCCCCCCACACCCUGUGCUUGGGGGUGGGAGGAUGGGGUUGGGCCCCCCCCGGCAGGUGAGCAGGCCCUCCUCCCCCUCCCCCGGCCACCAAGGCCUUUUUAAGAAAAGAAAAGAAAAAAAAAAUGGAAAAAAACCUCACGGAUCCCUCCCCUUUUCCUGUUUUUUUUUUGUUUGUUUUUUGUUUUGUUUUGUUUUUAAUAAACACCGAAAAAGAAAAAACUUCAGGGCCCCCAACUUUUCCUCCUCACCUCCCCCCAGUUCCUUCCCAAGUCCCUAUGGGGUGGGGAUGGUGUCACCUUCCUGGGAUGUGUCCACACCUCUUGUCACCCGUAGGUGCCCCCAAAUCACAGCGUGGGGCUCCCACCUUGCGAGGUGGGAUGGGGAAACGGAGGGGACACUUAUGGUGGCUCCAUGAUGCUGGUGGCCAUGGGGAGGUGCUCACGUUGGGGAGGUGGCCCUGGAGAUCAGGACUGGUCAGUGGAGGUGGUGGCCCUGUGGUCGGAGGUCCCCAGAACUGGUGGCCCUGAGGAUCAGGACUGGUCCCCAGAGCUGGUGACCCUGUGGUCAAAGGUCCCCAGAACUGGUGGCCCUGAGGAUCAGGACUGGUCCCUGAGCUGGUGACCCUGUGGUCAGAGGUCCCCAGAACUGGUGGCCCUGAGGAUCAGGACUGGUCCCCGGAGCUGGUGACCCUGUGGUCAGAGGUCCCCAGAACUGGUGGCCCUGGAGAUCAGGACUGGUCCCCAGAGCAGGUGGCCCUGUGGUCAGAGGUCUCCAGAACUGGUGGCCCUGAGGAUCAGGACUGGUUCCCAGAGCUGGUGGCCCUGUGGUCGGGGGUCCCCAGAACUGGUGGCCCUGCAGAUCAGGACUGGUCCCCAUAGCUGGUGGCUCUGUGGUUGGAGGUGCCCAGAACUGCUGGCCCUGGAGAUCAGGACUGGUCCCCGGAGCUGGUGACCCUGUGGUUGGGGGUCCCCAGAACUGGUGGCCCUGAGGAUCAGGACUGGUCCCCGGAGUUGGUGGCCCUGUGGUCAGAGGUCCCCAGAACCGGUGGCCCUGAGGAUCAGGACUGGUCCCCAGAGCUGGUGACGCUGUGGUCGGAGGUCCCCAGGACUGGCGAGGGUGGUCCCAGCACGGUGUCCCUGGAGUUGGUGGCCCCAAGGCUGGUGGCAUUGUCCCCGUCCCCUGCAGGACCCUCUUCUUCCCCCCGUUUUUCCACUUUUUCCGCCCCAAACAAACACAAAACCCGUAUUUGUAUUUUUUUGUCAUCACUGUUUUAUUCUUCUCUUUUUUUUGGAAACGGGUGCCGGGUUGGGGGAUUUUGCUCCGUUCCGACACCGCGGGUCCCCCCGGCUCCUCUGUGACCACAAUGCAAGACAGCGAGGGGGAGGGAGGGCGCGCUUUUUUUUUUUGUCAUUUUUCUCUUCUUUUUGGCUUUUUUUUCAUGUUUUUUCCUCCUUUUUUACCAAGGUCUGACCUAACUCUAGGGCUGUGGCCCGGGAUUCACCGAGGGGGAUAAAAAAAGCCCCAAAAGGAGGGGGUUUUAGGUGUAGAAGAGGCGUAUUUACACGGUAUUAACAUGCGGACAGAAAAGAUUACACUAUCGAGUAUCGUACAACACCGAGGGGAAAAGGGAGG